ACGUCAGAGGGUUGCGGGGGUGGGGUCUCGCUCGCUUACGUCACACGCCGACUACAUCUCCCAUGAUGCUCCGCGCCGCCGCUGGUCCUGCUGCUGCGCUGCUGCCUCAGUGUUUACGGAGAGCGGCGGACCUGAAGGAGGACAGGCAGGACCCGAGGUACGCUCGCGCUGUGGACACGGACAGACGGACGGAGGGACGGACAGGUGAGACAGCGCGAGGACAGGUUCUCUUCAGGUUCUGGAGGUUUCGGGGUCAGUCGGGGUCAAAGGUCACGGCUCCAUGUGGUCUGAUAGAAGAUGAAACAACAUGACUUUGGACAGAGCGAGUCUCUGCCGGGGUCAGAGGUCCACCUGCACCAGGGUGCGCUGGAUGAUUGUGGGGACAGAUCAGCUGGUUGCCAUGGCGAAAAGCUGGAGGAGGGCGGAGCUAAAGACCAGAUUACAGAUGGAGACGGCGAUGGGUGUGGUCACCCGGUUGACAGGGCGGGGCUUUUCUCCUUCAUGACGUUUCAUUGGCUGACUCCGCUGGCUUUGCACGCUCGCAGGAAAGGGCUGUUCUUAUUGGACAACAUCUGGCCCGUGUCGCAGCGGGAGAGUUGCCACGACAACAGCCUGAGGCUCUGGUCUCUGUGGGACGAGGAGUUCAAGUCGAAGGGCAGUGAUGCGUCUUUGUGUUCGGUGGUUUGGUCUUUCUGCCGGACUCGUUUCAUCCUGUCCAUCCUCUGCCUCACCGUCACUCAGCUGGCUGGGUUCAGUGGGCCGGCAUUUGUGGUGAGGCGUCUACUCGAGUACACCCAGCAGGAGGAGUCUGAUCUGGGCUAUGGGCUGCUGCUGGUUCUGGGCCUCCUGACCACGGAGCUGAUCCGGUCCUGGUCUCUGGCUCUGACCUGGGCCCUGAACUACCGGACUGGAACCAGACUGAGGGGGGCCGUCCUGAGUUUGGCCUUCCACAAGAUCCUGAGGCUGCGCAGCGUCCGGGACAAGACCAUGGGACAGCUGGUGAACAUGUGCUCCAGUGAUGGCCAGCGGAUGUUUGAGGCAGCAGCAGUGGGCAGCCUGUUAGCAGGAGGCCCCCUGGUGGCCAUCCUUGGUGUCGCCUACAACCUGUUCGUCCUGGGACCAACGUCUCUGCUGGGAUCUGCCGUCUUCAUCCUCUUCUACCCCACGAUGAUGUUUAGCUCCAGACUGACGGCGUACUUCAGGAGGAAAGGUGUCGCCGUCACCGACCGUCGCGUGCAGAAGAUGAACGAGAUCCUCAGCUACAUCAAGUUCAUCAAGAUGUACGCCUGGGUCAAAGCCUUCUCCCAGGAUGUCCAGAGGAUCCGGGAUGAGGAACGCAGGAUCCUGGAGCUCACGGGCUACUUCCAGAGCAUCACGGUGGGCGUGGCUCCCAUCGUCGUUGUCAUCGCCAGCGUGGCAACGUUCUCCGCCCACAUGUUGCUAGGAUACGACCUGACAGCUGCUCAGGCCUUCACCGUGGUGACGGUGUUUAACGCCAUGACAUUUGCUUUGAAGGUGACUCCGUUUUCUGUCAAGUCUCUGUCUGAGGCUUCAGUUGCCAUGGAGAGAUUCAAGAGUCUCUUCCUGUUGCCGGAGGUUGACGCCGUCCGAGCGUUGCCUGUUGAUCCGCAGGUUGCCGUGGAGAUGUGUGGUGCCAGUCUGGUGUGGGAGGGGGGCGGGCAGAGCGCCCAGCCAAGUCCAUGUGUCCGAGCAGCCAACAGACACCGACAGAGAGACAAGUGCAGAGACUCGACCGUUCUGCAGGAGGAGGACGAGGACGAGGACGAGGAGCAGGGGGAGGCGACCGGCUCGCUGCUGAGGGGAGGAGUAGACUCCAGUCCGGAGAAGGAGACGUGUCCUCCCCUCGUGUCCAUCCCCUCUGUCCCCCAGCGGCUCCAGAGCUCCCUGCACUGCAUCAACCUGAGCAUCCAGCAGGGAAAGCUGCUGGGUGUCUGUGGGAGUGUCGGCAGUGGAAAGACCUCCCUGAUCUCGGCCAUCUUGGGACAGAUGACUCUGCUGGAGGGCAGCGUGGCUGUCAGGGGACGACUGGCCUACGUGGCUCAACAGGCCUGGAUCCUGAACGCAACGCUGAGAGACAACAUCCUGUUUGGACACGAGUACCAGGAAGACAGGUAUCAGUCCGUCCUCAGCGCCUGCUGUCUCAGACCGGACAUCGCCCUGCUGCCCAGCGCUGACCUCACAGAGAUCGGAGAACGUGGCGCCAACCUGAGCGGUGGGCAGCGGCAGCGAAUCAGCUUGGCCCGAGCUCUGUACAGCGACCGGGACAUUUACAUUCUGGACGACCCACUCAGCGCCCUCGAUGCCCACGUGGCCAAUCACACUUUCCGUAACGCCAUCAGGAAGCAGCUUCGCCACAAGACCGUCGUGUUCGUCACGCACCAGCUGCAGUACCUGGUGGACUGUGAUGAUGUCAUCCUGAUGAGGGAAGGCAGUAUUGUGGAGCAGGGUAACCAUGACAACCUGAUGAAGCUGAACGGAGACUACGCUGCCAUGUUCAACCACUUCCAGCUGGGAGACACUCCGUAUAUAGAGGCUCCCAGCAGGAAGUCUGGAGGCUCUCAGAGGAAACCAACAGACAGUAAACCAGGAUCAGUGAAGAAGAACAUGCCUGUCGUCAAGGACAACGGGGAGGAGCAGCAGUGUGGAGGCAUGGCCUGGCCAGUGUUUCGAUGCUACGUGGCGGCGUGCGGUGGCUCCGCCUCCUGCCUGCUCAUCCUGGCUCUGUUUGUUCUCAACGUGGGAAGCUCUGCCUUCUGCCAGUGGUGGCUCAGCUACUGGAUCAACCAGGGCAGUGGGAACACCACGGUAACCCAGGGCAACAGCUCCACAGUGAGUGUCAGCAUGAAGGACAAUCCCAUGAUGCAACAGUAUGCCGCCAUUUACGCCUCCUCCAUGGGAGUCAUGCUGCUCUUCAAGCUCUUCAGAGGCAUCGCAUUUGUCAAGGGAACUCUGCGAGCCUCCUCCAAACUGCAUGAUGAGCUCUUCCAUAAGAUCCUUCGCUGCCCCAUGAAGUUCUUCGACACGACGCCCUCUGGACGGAUCCUCAACCGCUUCUCCAAGGACAUGGAUGAAGUCGACACUCGUCUGCCCUUCCAGGCAGAGAUGUUCAUCCAGAAUGUGAUCCUGGUCUUCUUCUGCCUGGGUGUCAUCAGCUGUGUGUUCCCGUGGUUCCUGGUGGCAGUGGGUCCUCUGGUUGUGCUCUUCACGGCGCUCCACGGAGUCUCCAGGGUCUUCAUCCGGGAGCUGAAGCGGCUGGACAACGUGACGAUGUCACCCUUCAUGUCCCACAUCACCUCCACCAUCCAGGGCCUGGCCACGCUGCAGGCCUAUGGCCGGGACCAGGACUUCCUCCACAGGUACCAGGUUCUGCUGGACCAGAACCAGGCUCCGUUCUACCUGUUUAACUGUGCGAUGCGCUGGCUGGCGGUUCGGCUGGAUGUCAUCAGUGUGGCUCUGAUCAGCACCACUGCCCUAAUGAUGGUCCUGAUGCACGGCCAGAUCUCUCCUGCCUACGCCGGCCUUGCCAUCUCCUAUGCCGUACAGUUAACAGGGUUGUUCCAGUUCACGGUGCGUUUGGCUUCAGAGACUGAAGCUCGGUUCACCUCCGUGGGGAGAAUCCAUCAUGACAUCCAGUCUCUGUCCCAGGAGGCCCCAGCUCGGGUCCGAGGUCGGGCCCCUCCGGUGGACUGGCCCCAGCAGGGGGAGCUGGUGUUCAGGGACGUGGAGAUGAGGUACCAGGAGAACCUUCCUCUGGUCCUGAACAAGAUAUCCUGCACUAUCCGGCCCAAGGAGAAGGUCGGUAUCGUGGGAAGGACGGGAUCAGGGAAGUCCUCUCUGGGCGUAGUCCUGUUCAGGCUGGUGGAGCGUUAUGGCGGCUCCAUCCUGAUCGAUGGGGUGGACAUCAGUGACAUCGGACUGGCCGACCUCCGGAGCAAACUGUCCAUCAUCCCUCAGGAUCCGGUGCUGUUCAGCGGGACAGUCAGGUCCAACCUGGAUCCCUUUAACCAGUACAGCGAGCAGCAGAUCUGGGACGCUCUGGACAGGAGUCACAUGAAGGAGUGUGUAUCCCAGCUGCCCUUGAAGUUGGAGUCGGAGGUGGUGGAGAACGGAGACAACUUCUCUGUGGGAGAGAGACAGCUGCUGUGUGUCGCCAGAGCUCUGCUGAGACAGUGCAAGGUGCUGAUCCUGGACGAGGCCACGGCAGCGAUGGACGCUGAGACGGACGCUCUGAUCCAGGAGACUAUCAGGAGCUCGUUCCAGGACUGCACCACACUGACCAUCGCUCACCGCCUCCACACCGUCCUCGCCUCUGACCGCAUCAUGGUGCUCAACCAGGGACAGGUGGUGGAGUUCGACGUGCCGUCCAGGCUGCUGGCCAAUGAGAACUCUCGGCUGUGCUCCAUGCUGGCCGCCAUAGAGAACAAGAUCUCGGUGCGAGGAUGAGGAGGAGGACGAAGGCCAUCCCAGUGCUCCCACUCCUCCCAGUCUGAGCUGAAGGUGCUGUGAGUCCCGUACUGUACGACUCUGGAGCUCAGAGUCGGAUGGACGACGAUUCUACUGUUGCUUUUUAUGCAACAUGUUUGUCUUUAAUCAUGUUUUCGUGGGUUUUUAUGACCUGAUUUCAAGCAGGUCUCAUUAUUGUUGUUGUUUUAUGACCUGGCGUCACGUGAUUGGAUGUCAGGCUUCAGUUCUUGUAAAACAAAAACCUGCUAAUUUAAUCUUCCCAACCUUUAGUCAUUUUCAGUAUUAUUACUACUCAUGCUCAGUUUGAAAGUUUGACUCAGCUGUUGACACAAACAUGAUGUUCAAACUGUAGAUUAUUGAUUCACAGCGACAGAUAAAGUAACUGGACUGAUUAUGUGUCAAAAGUAGCAAGGAAAUGUUUUCACAGUACAAGAGAAAGUUGAGAUGUGUGAGCUUUUCAUGCCUUUAUAGUUUUUUUUCUUUUUUUUUUUUGCCUUUUCCAGUCAGUGACAGUGCUGCCCUCUACAGGACAAACGUCAAAGUUUCAUCUCAAAUAAUCACAUUUUUACAGUCAUUUUGUCUUUACCAUCUCCGAUUUGGUUGAAAUUUAUUAUGGCAUAGAAUUUUUAAAGAUAAGUUACACGGGUCAUUCCAGUAUUGGAGGACAUUUGGGCUUCAAAAGCUGGCAAUGUUAUAAAAAUAUGAAAAAUAGAAGAGAGGACAUAGCUUUGUUCUAACCGUUCUUUUGGAAAACUGUUUGAUGAUGCUAACGACAAAAGCAAGACAUAAAAGGACAAAAAUAAGACAGAAAACAACAAAAACGUCAUCAGCAGGAUUGUGUUCAUGUUGUGGGACACGUUCCAUGCAUAAUAAUUAUUAUUUAAAAUAUUAUGUUGAUUAAAACAAUGUUCGCACGAUUACAAGAGACAUCUAUGAAAAAAAAUCCAAAAAUGGAGAUUUAAAUUUAAUUUUAACUGUUUUAUUUAAGAUUCAAUUUGGUCAUCAGGGAGUGGGACAAGAGAAAAAUGUCAUUUUAGGGGGAACUCCAGACUUAUUUGGUAUUUUAAAAAAUAUUUUCAAACGUUCUUUUUUCCAAUUUUUUAUAGAUUUGGUUUCAGGACAAGAAAAUUUACACAACUGCAUGUUUUAGUAUUUUGCACAUGGAUUAUUUGAAAUUUGAUGUAAAAUGUCCUCCAAUUCUUAAUCCAAGGCUUCGUUCAUUUUUCUUUUUUGUUGCACGUUUCAAGUCACCCAUAAUCAGAGAUUAUUUCAUCAAAUUGUCCGAUAUUGAAGAUUCUGAAUCAUUGACAUGAUAAGAAAUAACUGUGAAAGUUUCAGGUUUUUAUCUGAAAUAGAUCUUGAGAUACUAUUGUUCAAACAACUUCAAAUUUCAUUGUGCGAAGAAAAAAAAACCUACUGAAAGUGGGUCUAUGGUAAUGUUUUUUUAAAUGAUCUCAGAAAGUAUUAGAUAUAUGUAUCUAAAAUUUUUACAAAUACCAUUUUUAAUUUCCAUAUUUUAUGAUAAUGAAGUUUUAAGCAAAUCAGAGCUGGUUAAGCAGAAGGAACCUGAUGAUUUGAGAUGAUUUAACCCAACUGUAAAAUGUAAAAAACACGUAUAAACAAAUGACGUAAACAGAUUUUCUACACCUAUAAUAUUACAUAUAUCACAGCAGACAUAUACAUCAACAUAAAUUACUGAGUUAAUAAAAACAUUUGCUUUCAUUUUUGUGUUAUUUUCCAGUUAACCUGAUAAAACCUGAAUUCUAAACUCCCACCAGGGAAGCAGAUUUAAGGUUAACAGAAAAUACUUUAUGUAUUUGUAAAUUAUAAGCUGCUACUAACUUUAAGAGAUGCAGUUUUUAUUAUUCAGAUGUUAGUUUGGGUUCAUUAGAUGCUGUUUUACAUGCAGACAAUAGGUGGCGCCAAAAAUACAAAAACCAGACAAAAAACAACAAAAACAAGGCAUAAAGUGACAAAAAUGGGACAUAAAAUGACAAAAACAAGACAUAAAACAACAAAAACAAGACAAAGCGACAAAAACAAGACAAAAUGACGAAAACAAGAUAUUAAAUGACAAAAACAAGAUAUUAAAUGACAAAAACAAGACACAAAACGACAAAAACAAGACACAAAAUGACCGAACGAAGACAGAAAACAACAAAAAUAGGAAAUACUUUAUGUAUUUGUAAAUUAUAAGCUGCUACUACCUCUAAAAGCUGCAUUUUUUAUUUUACAGACGUUAGUUUGGGAUCAUUAGAUGCUGUUUUACAUGCAGACAGUAGGUGGCGCCAAAACACAGCAACCAUGAGUUAAAUAAAUAUAGAAUUAAGAGUAGUUUCACUUUAAAAUAUAACCACAUAGACACUGGUUUUAGAUCAAUUUAAAUAAGACUUAAAGCUGCUGAUAAACUUUUCCCCAUUUGUUCUAUUUAUAAAUGUACUAUAAAUAUAUUAUCUACUGUAUUACACUAUAGGUAUAAUAAACAGUAACUGAGUGGAACUCCGUUAAAUCACAUAUUUAAGUGUUUUUAAAUAAAUAGGAAGCCUGUUUUGUUUAUGCAGUAGCGGUGUUCGGCCUGCAGGGGGCAGCACUGAGUCUCACCUGUACAGAGACGACUUUAAUGUUCUGUUUUCUCCGCACCUUUCAGACUCACCUGUUUGACUUCCUGUCCAGGUGAGCGAUCAGCUGACGGACGUGAAGCUGCCAACCAGACUCGAACGUUUUAUUAUUUUGUGUAUUUUUCGGAUAUGUGAGCGAGCAGCUGUGAAACGUCUCCGUGUUUUUGUGUGUCUGCUGUAUUUUUCUAACAGCCUUAUAGCAUGACGACUUCAUAACUGCCAAUAAAAGUAUUUUAAGACAAA